CGCAACCGCCGGCUCAGCAACAUGACGUCCACCAAGGAGUACAGGCUGCUCUGCCUGGAGAACCCUCUGCUCGACAUCCAGGCCUUCGGCAAUGAGGCGCUGCUCGAGAAGUACGGCCUCAAGGCCAACGACGCCAUCCUGGCCGAGGAGAAGCACCUGUCCAUCUACGAGGACCUCCUCAACAACUACGAUGCCAAGUUGAUUGCCGGUGGUGCUGCCCAGAACACGGCCCGCGGUGCGCAGUACAUGCUGCCCCCUAACAGCGUCGUCUACCUGGGCGGUGCCGGUGACGACAAGUAUGCCGCCAUCCUGCGCGACGCCUGCAAGCAGGCCGGCCUGCGCGUUGAGUACCGCGUCGACCCCAAGAUCCCCACGGGCCGCUGCGGUGUCGUUAUCACCGGCCACAACCGCAGCAUGUGCACCGAUCUGGGUGCCGCUAACCACUACGACCUGGACCACCUGAAGCGCCCUGAUAUCUGGGCGCUCGUCGAGAACGCCGAGGCAUUCUAUGUCGGCGGCUACCACUUCACGGUCUGCCCACCCGCUAUCAUGGAGCUCGCCAACCAGGCGGCGACCAAGAACAAGCCCUUCAUCCUGUCGCUCUCCGCCCCCUUCAUCCCGCAGUUCUUCAAGGAGCCGCUGGACGCGUCGGCCCCCUACUGGGACUACGUGAUCGGCAACGAGACCGAGGCCGAGGCCUACGCCAACUCCCACGGCCUCGGCACCAAGGACGUCAAGGAGAUCGCCAAGGCGCUGGCCAACCUCCCCAAGGUGAACACGCAGCGCAAGCGCGUGGCCGUCAUCACGCAGGGCACCGAGCCGACGGUCGUGGCCGUCCAGGGCGAGGACGAGGUCAAGGAGUACCCCGUGCACGAGAUCCCCAAGGAGGAGAUCAACGACACCAACGGCGCGGGCGACGCCUUCGCCGGCGGCUUCUGCGCGGGCAUCGUCGAGGGCCGCCCGCUCGACGAGUGCGUCGACAUGGGCCAGUGGCUGGCGCGGCUGAGCAUCAAGGAGCUCGGACCUUCCUACCCUUUUCCCAAACAAACCUACUCUCGCCAGUAAACAACCGUGGAAGACAAAAACCAUCUGCCACUUCACAAUCAGCCACAAAUCCCACAUACACCUUUCAACAUUUCCACCCAUCGUACAUCCCAUCAGCUCCUCCAUUCAAGGCGGCGAAAGAGAGAUAGAGAGAGAAAGAGAGCGACAGAGAGAGGAAGUUCCACCUUCUUCCAUUUUGCAAGGCAGGCGUUGAAAGGCAGGUAGGCAGGCAUCUGUGGCGUAGGGGAAAAGACACACGAUACAGGCAAGGCAAGGCAAGGCAGGGGGGCAGGCAACGGUAGAAAGGUUUCAACAACGGCAAAAGACGGGACCGGGUCUGAAUUUCUCUUUCUUUUUCUUUUGCAAUCUUGAAUCUGAAUUUGACGUUGGCACGAAUGAUAGAGCUCGAAUUCCGCGGUUGUUGAUGUGCGUUGUGUGUAAGCGUUGCGCGUGGCGAGAUACACCUGGCUCGCCUCCUUUUUCUUCUCGUCUUCACACUUUUUUUUUGUGUAUUUUGCUUUUCUUGGGCGCAUGUCAGGAAUUGAAAUUCAACUUUGCUUGAUUCCCUUUUCCACCUUCCUUCCUUCCUUCCUUCCCUCCUCUCCCCUUCUGUCCUCCCUGAAAUCACACCGACCGCGCCGAGAGGUGGGAAGAUGCGAAGCAUAAGAGAAGGCAAGCGAGGCAGGUCUGGCAAACAAGAAGUAGGAGUAACUGGGGAAGAAUAGCGAGGCGCAGCAGCAUGAAGAACCAGUGCGCGUCUCCCUGCCGAAGAAAUAUCAAACCGGGUCACCUCUUCGCCGGUUAUCUGUUGUUUGUCUUGUGCAUCUCUCUGUUUGCGGGGGCCCCAAAUUGCACACUGCUGAAGUUGCAAAUCAAGAAUGGAAAUCGUGAGAAUGCAGAACCGGCUGAUGAAGCUGUCUGCGGGCAAAAACUGCCUUGAAGGAUGAGGAUGCACCAGCAAGCGACCUGUCCAACGCGUGGUGCACAGUCAUCCUGAUUUGAAGCCCCCCUGUCCCCGCUCGCUUGUGAGGCAUGGCAGGCUCUGUGAAGGGAGGCUGGCAGCUUCCACCUGCAUGGUCGAGGUCCUCAGAGCCGGUGCCAGCAGCCAGUCCUUGGCGAUGGAGCCCGGUUGGCUAUGGUGGUGGGAAUGCCACUUGUGCCGAAGGCGCUU